AGAUUGUUCUUUUGUUUUUCUUAAGGUCAGGGAAAUUUCAUAAAACGGGUAGUUAUUUAGUGCUUUCUUUUGAUUCAUGUUUUUCUUUUCCAGUGAAGGGUUUAUGCUGCCAGCUUUCUUAGAAAGGUUUAGAGAGUAUUUAUGUACAAUUGAGACAGUUAAAGACUGAUAGGUUUUAGUUUUUGAAGUGGAAUUAAUGACAUCUGUGCCGUCGAAAAAUAUAUGGAUAAAGAGGCAGCAAUGCCCAUGUGGGGAUUGGAAAUGUUAUGUUACUUGUGAAGGAGAUGUUGAAGAGACAUCUGUAGCAUCUCAGUUGGAAAAAAAUGAAAAUUUUCAAUCUGAUUCAAUGGUUUCUCCUUAUGUAGGAAUGGUGUUUAAGAGUGAUGAUGAUGCGUUCGAGUAUUAUGGGAAUUUUGCUAGGAAAAAUGGGUUUUCUAUUAGGAAAGAGAGGUCAAGAUUGAGCCCUCAAUUGGGUAUUUAUAAACGUGAUUUUGUUUGUUAUCGUUCGGGGUUUGCGCCGGCUAGGAAGAAGUCGACUGCAGAACACCAUAGGGAUAGGAAAUCGGUGCGGUGUGGAUGUGAUGCAAAAAUGUAUUUGUCAAAGGAAGUUGUUGAAGGGGUUUCUCAAUGGUUUGUUGUGCAAUUUAGCAAUGUGCAUAAUCAUGAGCUCUUGGAAGAUGAUCAAGUGAGGCUCCUUCCAGCUUAUCGGAAGAUUCAAGAGGCGGAUCAGGAGAGGAUUCUUUUGCUUUCAAAAGCUGGGUUCCCAAUACAUCGAAUAGUGAAGGUGUUAGAGUUGGAAAAGGGUAUUCAAGGUGGGCAAUUGCCUUUUCUAGAGAGGGAUGUUAGGAAUUUUGUUCAAAAUCGCAAGAAGAUUGUUCAAGAGAAUGAUGCUUUGCUCACUGAAAAGAGAGAGAAUGAUAGUAUGGAACUUCUUGAGGCGUGCAAAGUUACCAAAGAGAUGGAUGGAGAUUUUGUUUAUGAUUUCACAACGGAUGAGAAUGAUAAGGUUGAGAACAUUGUGUGGUCGUAUGGUGACUCUGUUCGUGCAUACACUUUGUUUGGUGAUGUGGUUUAUUUUGACACUAGUUAUCGUUCUAUCACAUAUGGCAUGCUUUUAGGGGUAUGGCUUGGAAUUGACAACAAUGGGAAGACCAUAUUCUUUGGCUGUGUUCUGUUGCAGGAUGAGACGGCUCGUUCCUUUGCAUGGGCUUUGCAGGCUUUUGUCCAUCUUAUGAAAGGAAAAUGUCCACAAACAAUUCUAACUGACCUUGAACUGGGGCUUAAGGAUGCUGUUAGAAGCGAAUUACCUAGCACUAGACACGUUAUAUCUAUAUGGAAUAUUCAACCCAAGAUAUCCAGUUGGUUUUUCCUUUCCCUUGGGGCUAGAUAUCCAGAAUUUAAAUCGAUGUUUGAUGAUUUGUAUCAUGCUGAGAAUGCAGAUGAUUUUGAACAUAGAUGGAGUCAGAUGGUUUCUAUGUUUGGAUUUGGUUCAGAUAAACACAUUGCUUUACUCUAUUCUCUUCGUGCAUCCUGGGCAUCAUCCUAUAUGAGAGGUUACUUUCUUGCUCGGAUGGCGACAUCAGCAUAUUUGAAAUCUGUAGAGUCAUUUCUGAAAGCAAUCUGUUGUGCACAAACAUGUUUACGGAGCUUCUUUGAACAGGUUGGUAGUUCCUCCAAUUUCCAGAACCAGCUACGUCAAGAGAUGCAGUACAUGCUCACUAAAACAUGCAUGCCUAUUGAAGAGCAUGCACGUAAUUUUCUUACACCUUUUGCCUUCAAUGAUUUCCAACAUGAAUUGGUGCUCUCUAUGCAAUGUGCUCUGUCUGAAAUGCCGGAUGGAUCAUAUCUUGUACACCACUACAAAAAGAUGGAUGUUGAGCGGCUUGUAAUAUGGAUACCAGAAGAUGAACAGAUUCACUGCACCUGUAAGGAAUUUGAGUCUUCCGGGAUGUUGUGCAGACACACUCUUCGGGUGUUCAUCCUGAAAAACUACUUUCAGCUUCCUGAAAAAUAUUAUCUUAGCAGAUGGCGAAGGGAAAGCUCCCUAGUUUUCUAUGAUAAUCAAGAUACUCAAACUAAUGAUGAUGGAUGGUUUCAAGAAUUUCAAUCCCUGACUGAAACUCUAUUAACAGAGUCAUCAAUCACAAAGGAGCGUUCUGAUUAUGUCCAUAGGGAACUGCCAAAGGAACUGAAAAGACUUAUUAGUGAGGUUAGAAAAAUGCCAGAAAGUGAUGGAGCUGCUAUGGAUUUAACACUUUCACCAUCUAGUUAAUUUACAGUAGGUGCAAAUAUGUCUGGUAACUUACCAAGGGGACGACAUGAUCAUUGGCAGGAAGAUGUCUGGGUGUUUUUAUUGCUCAUUUUCAUCAGAAAGAGAAUUUUGGAAAGAAAAGCUAACCUGAAGUAGAUGCAUGAAGUGUUGCUCAGAUGCAACAAGUUGACAUUGUUUCCUUUGUGAAUAACUAUGGAAGACUGCAAAAAAUAUGAAUUGGACCGAAAUGAACUCAACCAAGGUUUUUAAACAGUUAUGAAUAUGAUUCGAUAUAACUUGGAAUUCCAGAGGAUGCAUUUGUGCUGCUAGCAUCAGAGAGAUGGAAAUGGAGUCCAAGUUCCAGUCAUUCCAACCCAUUCUCCCAUUGAGGCCCUUCUAGAUUUAUCCCCCAUGUUGCAGGUAUGCAUUUGACAUGGUUCAUUCAUUUCAAAUCUUCAUUCAGGGAGGGGUCCCUCUUGAUUAGAAACCGUGGCCAUGAUAUUUGUCAGGAAAAUUAAAUAGAGGGAGUAGAAAUGAAAGCUGCCAAGUUCUAACCACAUAAGCAUACCAACUUCAUUGAAUGGUCGGUUUCUGUACUGUACCAUGUAGUAGAUGACAAAAGGGCAAUACAUAUCUGCUCUCAAUUUCAUUAUAUUGUCUUCUUGUUGUAAUGCAAAUAUCAACUCGCCAAACUUCUACCACUGUAUAAUAUUAUUGCAUGGUCAUAUAAAGUUGAUAAGAUUGCUGAUUA